UUUGUUGUGUUGUUCAAAUUAAGAAAAUACUUAAAUGAACAAAUAGAUUACUUAAUUUUCUGAUUUUUCAUUUGAUCCAGAGGUAAUUAUCAUUAAGAAAAGUAGUUUGAAAUAUAUACUGAUUAUUAUCAAAAUAAAAUAGCCCAAGUAACUAAUUAGGGAACAGUUCGUAUAUUCGAAUUGAUAAAUAAAAAAGAUAAGCAGAUGAAGAGGUUAGCAGCAGAAUUCUAAGCGUAUGUUUUUAUUAAUGAAGCCAUUAGGGACAAAUAAAUUCAAUGUCAUGGUUAAGUCCAAAAUAUGAAAAUUUGAUUGCUACUUGUGGUUAAGAUAAUCAAAUCAAAAUUUGGAAGGAACAAGCAAACUAAUGGAAGGUUGAAAAGGAAAUAAAACUAAAUAAUUUGUAAGCCAAUAUUAUUCAAUGGGCGGAAAACAAGUAUAUUUUGGCAGUCGGAUAUAAUAAUGGAUACUUGGAAGUAAUCGAAGGAUAGGAAUAUAAAGUAACUAAUACUAAUGCUUAUAAUUAAACAUUAUUAUGCUUGGAUUGGUUAAAGAGUGAUUAAGAACAAAUUAUAGUAACUGGAGGAUUAAGUGAGAAUCAAUCAAUUGUUAAAAUAUGGAAUGUGAUUUCAGAUUCAUAAACCAUUAUUGCUAAGGUCUAUGAGUACAAAUGCGGAUAAGGAAUAAGGCAUGUCAAAUUUGCCCCUCAAAUAUUCAAUUCAGAACUCUAAUUAGUAAUCAGUUAUGAAAGUUGUGUAGAGAUUUAGACUCUUCGUUACGAUGUUGAAUUUGCCAAACCAAUAGAAUUAUAAAAGUCAUAAAAAAUACUAUUGAAUGUAAAAUAUUAACUAAAUUAAGAAUGUUUGCUAAAAGAUUAGUUGGUCAAUAUUAGGAAAUGAGCUUACAAUUUAUGUUGAUAAUUAAAUGCUUCAAUAUUACUAAAGCGAAGAAAAUGAGUAUUUAAGAUAAAUUUGA